UUAAAAUUGAGGUAUGAGCUGAGCAAGCGGGAUUGUUCGUGUAGUUGUGCGGUUUUUGCACCGGUGCACAGCGCUCAUCACCUGUCAUACGGCACGUUUUUUGUGGUGAUCUCCGCGCACCCAUGGUUUGGUAUGGAACGUGAGAGGUGCGCUAGAGCGGUUGUUGUUGACCGGUGGGUGGUACCUGGACCGGUUGUGAUGAAGAAAAUGGGUGAUGUGGGAUGAAUAGCGUGGUACAAACGGUGCUGUUCACAGGGACCGGCGUGGUUGCCAGGUUUUACACCUGGACGGCCCUGCUAAGAUCAUGACGUGUCACUUCUAGCCGUUGUGCCACGCCACAGUAUCACCGUGGCGCUGCUCCUUUCUAGUGGACCGUCAUACCGUGCUAAGGUGCACGGCCCCUUAAGCCGAUCCGAGGACUGUCUGCGCAUCAUAGCAGAGCAUCAUGCCCACCGACAGGCAAACAGGGCCAUACGCGCGAUUUAACCGUUUUAUUUUUGUGAGCCCCAUGUCGGUCAAAAAGCCAACAAUAUCCGUGGUCUUCAUCGGUCACGUGGACGCGGGCAAAAGCACACUGAGCGGGCGCGUUCUUCUGUCUCUCAACCUGGUAGAUUCUCGUUUGCUGGAGAAAUACAAGGAGGAAAGCAGAUCGCUCAACAGAGAGUCGUGGUAUCUGAGCUGGCUCACCGACACGAGUCCGAUCGAGCGCGAGAAGGGCAAGACACUUGAAACGUGCAGCACCAUCCUUGACCUGCCGCACAACCGUGUCAAUUUGCUGGACACGCCCGGCCACAAGCUGUACUUAACGGACAUGAUACGCGGGGCCAACCAGGCAGAUGUGGCCGUACUGGUGAUAUCGGCGCGAAAGGGCGAGUUUGAGGCCGGGUUUGAGCGGAGCGGACAGACACGCGAGCAUGUUAUACUUGCGAAGGCGGGCGGUGUGAAGCACUGCAUAUGUGUGAUCAACAAAAUGGAUCAGAGAAACUUUGAGGCGACGUACUUUAAGGAGAUUGUGGGGAAGCUGGACGUGUUCCUGAGGAAAAUCUUCAAAAAGGUGAUGUACGUGCCGGUGAGCGGGUAUGAAGGCAUCAAUGUUCUGUAUGAGAACGAGUUUGAUGGACGGGCGGAUGACCAGCACUCCAGUGCGUGUAAUGUCACGGGCGACAACUACAACGACAUCAACGAACAUGAGGAUGACUGGUACAGGGGUGAUUCGCUGCUCGGUAUGCUGGACAAGAUACGAGUGGAGAGGCCGUUUGGUGGCACAAUGCUGACCAUCCUGGACAAGAGCAAGAACGUGUUGCAGGUGAAGAUCGAGGAGGGCAUGGUUAAGAAGAACGAUGAGCUGUUUGCGUUGCCGGGCGGGUACAAAGUGAGCAUCAAUGCCAUUCUGGACGAUGAGGACGUAGAGAUCGAGGAUGCACGGGCCGGUGACAUUGUAAAGAUACGCGUGAACACGGACACGCUUGAAAUAGGCAACGCGCUCGCACAUGCGAUGGAAACGUGCACGGACACGUUCACGUGCCAGCUCAACGUUCUCGAUUGCAAGGGCGUGCUGAGCGUGGGGUACAAAGCGGUGCUGCACCUCAAGAUGAACAGCCUUUCGGUCAAAGUGCUCGGGCUGCAGAUCAAGAAGGGCGAGAAGGUGUACAAGACAGAGUAUGUGAGGAAGGGCGAGAAGGCGCUGGGAAAGGUUAAAAUUGAUAAGAAGGCGUAUAUCAGGGUGGGAGACUGCUUUGCGGUGCGGGAUGAGGACAUAACGGUUGCUAUAGGUGUGGUGCGAAAGGUUCUUUAAUAAAUGGUUGGUACGAAA